ACUUUAAUGAUUUAAUAUAUACAUUUUAACUCUGUCUGAAUAAACUAAAAUGUCAUCCAGAAUUACUGAGUGUAACUGCCACGUGAAUAUGACAGUCCACUCAUGCUGACUCAAGGUCAAAGACCACAGUGGGUAUAUAUAUCAGUUCACAUCUUUUGUAGAUUUAGAGUUUGUCGCAGAACGGGACAAAAACUGGAAUAUAAUUAUCUGUAAUCAAUGGACUAAGAUGUUGGAUUUUAAGACUGUAGUUACGGUACUUCUUUUGUAUGGAUAUGUGAGCGCCGAAGACAAGGAGGUUCCGGAGAAGGAAGAACUGACAAGCGAUUUAGUCCCGGACGGUCAUCCAUUAAAGUGUAUGAAGAUUAUGGGUGAGAAGGUAAAGGUCUUCGAAGUUCUUCCUGGAAUCGGUUGGGACAAUAUUCAGAACACUGAACUGAGUCAAGUUUUAAGCAAGAAUUAUUUCCAAUGUAAACUCACUGAAGAUGGACGAUAUCUCAUACCUGAUAACGUGCUACUAAUUCCUAUCAAGCAAAGUCACGUGGAUCUCUUCGCCGAGUGGAUCGAAAGCAUGCACGAAUACAAGUCGGUAGAUUCAUUUUCCGUCAAUGGUGGGAGAAGUGUAAGCGUUGGUAUCGAUGGACUUGGCGUCAGUGGAUCAUUCUCCGCUGGGUAUCAGAGUGCUAAGAGUCACAUGUCAAAAACAACUACCAGUAACUUUAUAUCAAGGGUUCAAGCCCGGUACAACAGAUAUCGUAUUGUGUCAGAUCCAAAUGCUGGUCUCCAUCCAUCAUUUAAAGACCGGCUGUUGGAGAUCGCAGAAAGUUUCUUUAAUAACCAUGUACAUAUUGCCGAAUACCAGUGUCAGCUGCUGAUUCGAGAUUUUGGAACACACGUGCUUACCAGCAUGGAUGCCGGCGCCGUCCUCUUUAAGGAAGAUCAUAUUGAUGUUAAAACUAGUACUGUAGACGACAUUAAGAGAAAGCAAUGGCAAAUUGGUGCGGGUGCUUCUUUUGCUAUAAUGUUUGAUGGAGUUACGGUCGGCAGUGGAUUAACGUUUGGUAUAAGCAAAUCAAAAAUGGAAGAAAAUAUUAAUGAAUAUAACAGUAACAUUUCAUAUUCUGUCAUCAGAUCGUUCGGUGGUGAUUACUUUGGCGGGAAUACAACAGGUGUAGAAUGGACAAAAACAUUGGACAAUGAGCUUGUUCCUAUUGAUAGAAACGGCGUUCCUGUAUACGAACUGAUUUCCUCCUCUACAUUACCAGAACUACCACUCGAUACCAUUUUGAAAGUUGGACAAGGUGUUAAGAAUGCGUUUAUUAGUUAUUACAAACACAAUACAUAUCGAGGCUGCAUGGACCCUAGAAAUAAAAAUUAUGAUAUAAAGGCAAAUGUUGUUGAUGAAAGCGUUUGCGGUGGAAUAAAAAAUGAAAAUGAGUAUUUUGGCGGUGUAUAUCAGACAUGCAUUAUGUCACAAACUGAUGCUGGUGAUUUAUGUAAAGACAAGGGUUAUAUUCAGAAAAAUCCAUUAACCAGUGACUUCUCCUGUCCCAAAGGAUACACUGUGGUCGAACUAAUUUCCAUUCCUAUUUCGUUUUCGAAAUAUAGCAUGCAUCGUAGUAAGCAUUGGCCACAUACACAUCACGGCUGGACGGAUUAUAGCUUUGGAAGAUAUACAGCAUUUUGGUGCGCCCCGGACCAUUCCAUUUCCCCUGAUCAAAAAUAUUUCUUCGGAGGGGUGUACUCAAGUUUUAGAUCUAAUGCUAUAACCGGCGGACAGUCAUGUCCGGCAGAAUUUAUUCCUUUGAGACUUGGAGAGGACAUAUAUGUCUGUGUCUCGAGUGAUGAGAAUGUUAAUGGUUUGAAAUUUGGUGGCCUUUUUAGUUGUUACUAUGGCAAUCCAUUGGCUCUUACAUUGAAUACGAACAAGACAAACAUUAAGAUAGAGCACAAGUCAUUUUCGUCUUAUCCAAAAAGCUGCCCACAAGGCUUCGCACGGCAAACUUUCUCUAUAAUUUCAGAAUGUGAACUUGAUUAUUGUUCAGAAGCAGUGGCACAAGGAAAGACCCAGGAACUUCCGAUCUUGAAACGCCCCCCAUACAUCAACCGUCCGAAAGUACCACCAGCCAAUUUUUCAGACAUGGUAAUUGUGGUUGAUGGAAAGUGGUAUAAAAAUGAAGCAGCAUUUAAGAAAAUGAUAGAGAUGGAGACACUAGAAGCAAAGAUCAAGGAAUACAAGAAAGCGCUGGAAGCGAUGGACAGAGUAUCAGCAGCAGUUGCAGAUCUUUACGGUGAUAGAAACGUAAGUACAGGACAAGAUCACCCAACAGCUGACCAUCCUUUCAAUGCGUUACCUUCGUAUGCCAUCGCUCUUAUAUCCUCUUUGGCUACUCUCAUCUGUGUUGUUGUUGCAACCAUUGCUUUCAUAAAAUGCAGGAAAAAAAUACAAGAAAGAAAUCUUCCAACCAGAUUGAUUGGUAGAACAGAUGAAAUGGAACAGGUCAGAACUGAUGACGGGUCAAGUUAUGGAUCAGCUGAGGGUCAUCACGAUCAGACAAAUGCAGUUAUAUAGAUGUUUUAAUACUAACAUUUUCUCCGGUAAUUGUUUUUUUUAUAAACUGACGUAAUAUAGAUGAACAUUGAUAAAAAGUUAGUUCGGUUGCAAUUACAUAUGUAUAAACUGUUUGUUAAUAAUAUUGCAUAAAAUAUCAAGCAAAAAUGUCAAUGUUUAGAAUAGUUGUAGCUAAAAUGAUUUAAAAUAGCAAGCCUAAAUAAUAAAAUGUUGUUUUAAACAUAGUAAAUGCUUUAAUUUUUAUCAUAUACUUGGUGGGGAAACUAUCAUAAUAUUAACUGUUUAAUAGGAAUUUUCAGAAAAAUAAAAAUAUUUCUUUCAUGAACAUAUCUCAAGUGUUCCGCUCAGUUCAGUCAGUUUCUACGAGAGACGCUGAAUUCAGAUUUUUUUUUUUACAUUUUUGUAUAUGCAAUAACUAUAAUAUUUAAACAAAUCUGCGUAGUUACAACUUUGUCGCACGAAAAUGGAUCUUAUUAAAUGAUAAAUUUCGAAAUUUCAUUGCUGUACAUAUUUGUUUAAGCCUAAAAUAUGAUAUGUUAUAUAUAAGUAACUGCCAAGAGAUAGUAAGCAUCAAUAAAUUAACAAACAUUUUCAUGAGAAUGUUUAUGAUAUAUAUAGUUAUAAUUCAAGUGUUUAUCUUGUUGACUACACUGGUGUAAUAAAUCUAAAAUUCUGUG